UCUGUUUGUUUGUAAACACAGUGCUUCUCUCUUUCAUUUGCAGAUGCCAAAUCCGCCGCCUAGGAUUCGCUUGCCCGUGACUGAAGAUCAAAAGGAGUUCCUUUUGGGGUACAUGGAGCAGAACAUCCCCUUUAGCCAAGGAGAGUUUACUGGUCCUAUGGGAAAGGAGGAGCUUCGGAAAGAAUGGGAUUCUCUUGCUUUGCUACUAAAUGAAGUCCCCGGUGCUAAUAAAGAUGGACCGAAAUGGAAAUCUUACUGGUCUGAUAUGAAAGAUGCUGUGAAACAAGCCGCUCAAGAGUAUACCCGUAUUUCUAAGCGAGGGACUGGCGGAGGGCCCCCUCCACCUGAACUAAGUGAUCACCAGUUACGGGUGUUAACCUGUAUGGGGGGCUGGAAACGAGUAGUUGGCUUCAUGGGCGCCAAAGAUCCACUUCAGAUUGAGAUGAAUCCAUCAGGAAGCUUAUCUGCAAUCAUGAAACGCAGCAAAAUUAAUAACCAUCAUAUCACUCCAGAAAGAUCCAGUUCCAGAAGGCGGCACAGCCGAUCCACUUCAUCUAGAUCAAGAUCAAGAGGGAGGAGCUCUAGAAAAAGAACGAGAUCCAGUUCCAGAAGGCGGCACAGCAGAUCUACUUCAUCUAGAUCAAGAUCAAGAGGGAGGAGCUCUAGAAAAAGAACGAGAUCCAGUUCCAGAAGGCGGCACAGCAGGUCUACUUCAUCUAGAUCAAGAUCAAGAGGGAGGAGCUCUAGGAAAAGAUCGAGAUCCAGUUCCAGAAGGCGGCACAGCAGAUCCACUUCAUCUAGAUCAAGAUCAAGAGGGAGUAGCUCUAGAAAAAGAUCGAAAUCCAGUUCCAGAAGGCAGCGCAGCAGAUCCACUUCAUCUAGAUCAAGAUCAGGAUCUGCUUCAACUUCUGCUGGAUCAGCCAAAUUUUCGGACGGGAUAGGUUAA